GUGAUUGAUUUAUAUUACAGUAGGUGAAUCCGUCUAUGUGCAUGUAAGUAUUUGCACAGGUGCCACGACUGUAUUGGAACAAGGACUGGUAGCAUGCUGUUGUCAUGUGCAACAGAUCCCUAACAGACAAGGUUACUAAGAAUUUAACUGUUUGGAAUAAUAGUCUCGUAUAACAAAUGUGACCUCGGGGAACAAUCUAUUGUUGUCUCUCACCUUUGCCCAACCGCUCCAAGGCCAAGAGUUCUGACAUUUUCCGCUGGCACAAACUGUCAGCCUCACAGACAAAGACCAAUAAAUCAUCAGCAUAACUGUACUGCUGUGCCCAUCCAUUCGCCCACCCGCUCCCAUCCGACCCAUCUCCCCUUUCCAGCAGGUCAACACUAGAUUCCCCUCCGGCUGCAUGUCACCAUAAUGUAUUAUAACUGUGCCACACGUUGCCUAACUGCUAUCUAUAGCCUCUGCUAUUCUCGUAGCUGUGAAGAGCAAUAUAAACAGUGGAUACCCUGUCAAGUGCAUCUGCUCUGCACAGAGGAGAGGAAAGGGGGGAUUCGGUCUAACUGCUACUGUAUCUAAAGGAAAUAUCAUCAUGGAUAAAAUGUCAUGCUAGGACAUGAGAUAUUUUGAUCUGACUCAGCACUUCGUCACUCUUGACAAAUGCAAAUGUGCUGUUUGAACACUUCAGUUGAGGCGAUGGAGCCAAGCAGCUGCCCUGGCUCAGGGACGGACAGUGACAAGCCUGCCCUCGGCAAGCCUUUGGACUCAGGGACCGACAGUGACAAGCCUGCCCUCGGCAAGCCUUUGGACUCAGGGAUGGACAGUGACAAGCCUGCCCUCGGCAAGCCUUUGGACUCAGGGACCGACAGUGACAAGCCUGCCCUCGGCAAGCCUUUGGACUCAGGGAUGGACAGUGACAAUCCUGCCCUCGGCAAGCCUUUGGACUCAGGGAUGGACAGUGACAAGCCUGCCCUCGGCAAGCCUUUGGACUCAGGGAUGGACAGUGACAAUCCUGCCCUCGCCAAGCCUUUGGACUCAGGGAUGGACAGUGACAAGCCUGCCCUCGGCAAGCCUUUGGACCCAGGGAUGGACAGUGACAAGCCUGCCCUCGGCAAGCCUUUGGACUCAGGGAUAGACAGUGACAAGCCUGCCCUCGGCAAGCCUUUGGACUCAGGGAUGGACAGUGACAAGCCUGCCCUCGGCAAGCCUUUGGACUCAGGGAUGGACAGUGACAAGCCUGCCCUCGGCAAGCCUUUGGACUCAGGGAUGGACAGUGACAAGCCUGCCCUCGGCAAGCCUUUGGACUCAGGGAUGGACAGUGACAAUCCUGCCCUCGGCAAGCCUUUGGACUCAGGGAUGGACAGCCUGAAAGUGAGAGUUGACGGGAGCGUUUUUGUGGUGAACAAAGCCCUACUCGAGCAGCACUGUGAGUACUUCCGAGCCCUCUUCCAGUCGGGAAUGCGGGAAUGCCAACAGGAUGAGGUCCAUCUGCAAGGGCUGAGCGCUCGGGGAUUUGUGUUGGCGCUCCGAGUCCUGGACGGGGAUCGCCCCAUCCUGGGUGGUGACGAAAUCGUGGAAGCCAUAGAGUGUGCCACCUUUCUACAGGUGGAGUCUGUGACAAAGCACCUGACCAAUAUCAUCAACUCAGAGAACUGCUUGUUGAUGUACCACACGGCCGUGACCUACGGUUUAUGGGACCUGUCCCAUCAAACUGCUUUAUUCAUUAAAGACAUGUACUCGGAGCUGAAGGAGGAUGUUGUGUGCACCUUACCAGAAGACCUAGUGGAGUACGUUGAGUCUCUCAUCCCCAGUCGGUACGUCACAGUCUGCAGCCACUCUCCUACCGUCGAGCAGCUCCAGGACUGUCAGAGGACGGUCUGCUACCUGGAUGACGAAGAUAGAGAAUGGAAGGUGCUGAGUCACCUACCCUUAAACACAAGCACCACUAUGGCAGGUGUGACCGUGCUAGACAACAAGCUGUACAUUAUAGGAGGCGUCCACGACGUCAGCAAGAAAGUUGUGGACUCUGGCUUCUGCUACGACCCAGAGAGUGACUCCUGGUCCACUAUUUCGAGUCCCCAGCAGCCACGCUACAACUUUACGUUAGUGGGCCACGAAGGCUGCCUCUACGCCAUCGGUGGGGAGUUCGACCGGAAGUCCAUGGCGUUGGUGGAGAAGUACAGUGUCUCCACGGCCACCUGGCACUUCGCCGCUAAUCUCCCCUGCAGAGCCGCCAACGUGGCCUCCACCAAAGCCAUGAGCCGCAUCUUCAUCUGCCUCUGGAAACCCAAAGGCGUUACGGAGAUCCACGAGUACGUCCCUGAGAGGGACCAAUGGGUCCUGGUCACCACGCUAGUCCGUGACCAGAGCUAUGGCCACUGCAUGGUGGGCCACAGGGACAAUUUGUAUGUCAUGCGCAACGGGCCCUGCGAAGACUUCCUGAUGUGCGUGAUGGACUGUUACAACCUGACUACGGGUCAGUGGACAGCCUUGCCGGGGCAAUACGCAAACAGUAAAGGAGCCCUGUUCACAUCGGUAAUAAGAGGAGACUCAGUGUUCACCCUCAACCGCAUGAGGACGACGGAGUUCGCUGUGGAGGAGUACAGAUGGAAAAUCAAGAGAGAGACCAAGGGCUUCGGGCGAAUCGGCUCCAUGUACACGUUUCUCAUGAGACUGCCCAAGACCAAGACUGUGGGAAACACUGAGGUGUUGACAGACGGGCUGGAGUUUGGGAAUCGGAUCGACUACAGACGCAGAGACUCUCUGCUACAAUGCUUUGACUGACUUCCUGUGAAUAAGUUUAGUCUUUUAAUAUCUCCUGACAAACCAACAACAGGACAAUGAACUGGAAUGCUUUGACUGACUUCUUGUGAAUAGGUUUAGUAUGCUACUUGGGCCACUUUUAGUAGGCAAACUUGGAAUGUUGCAGAAAGAAAUGUCAUGAAUAUAGCUGACGAUUCCUUUUUCUACAUGUCAGAGAGGCAUGUUUGUUCUUCAUAGCAUAUUUCUAUCUGAAUAUUACACAGCGUUGUGCCGUUCUGAAUGUACUCUUGCACUUUGUACUUCUCUCUACAAAUCAACAAAUGAGCUAAAGAUGUCAAUGUCAGAGACAACAGUAAUUUGUAAACAUUAAAGUUUGCUUCAUUCAUGACAAGUUGGAAACUCGGAACCUCUGAGUUAAAAUUAAUUAACAUAUUGGUUGAUUUGGAUACUUUCCAAGUGGGAAAUAUCAGUUUCCUAGUUUUUCCACGUCAUGAAUGCAGCAUAUCUUCCAAGAAUAAUUAAAUAGCAUUUAAGAAACUCUAUAGUAAUAUUGUCUUCUUUAGUUCUUGAGAAAUGUGUUGCCUCAAGUAGACUUCUGGCUAAUUUGACUCUUUAUCCAAGUGUAGUGUACUAUAAAGUGUACUAUAAUCAAGUGAUUCAUUACAUUGAGUUGACACAGCCCUUUCAGAGAGCUCUUUCCAUGAAAGCCAAACACAUGUUCAGUAAUGUACGUAAAGACUGAAAUCCUUUCCUGUUUUUACAACAAACAAACCAUUUCUAACCCAGGCUCAGGUCCCCAAGGCAUUCGUUGCUAGUGAACAGGGUAAGAUAAGGCUGGCAGUGUACAAUAAAACAUUUCUGUAACGAGUGCAUGUUUGCUGCUGUUUCGGGACAGGUAUCCCUUGAAGGAGAGAUUUGUAUUCUCCAUGGGAUCACCUGUGUAAAUACAGGAUGAUUGAGGAAUUCAAAUGAAUAGAUUGUCUUUGGCAGAAGAUAUAUUAAAUAAUUGUCAUUUUAAUUAUCAAAUAAAACACUGUUCAAAUAAUGUGUUAAUGGGUGAGGAAUGUUGCUAAUGAUGUGCAGAUUUUCCCACUUAUAUAACCAUUCAUUUCCCCUACAGUUAACAGGCAAAAAUCUCCCCUGAUGAUAUAAGAAUGGUUCUUUCCCUCAUUCUUUAGGCUCCAGCAGUGGAGACUGGUGAGGGAGGACGGCUUAUAAUAAUGAAUGGAAUCAAACAAAUGGAAACCAGGUGUUUGAUGUGUUUAAGACCAUUCCAUAUAUUCAGUUCCAGCCAUUACUAUCAGACUGUCCUCCCCAUUUAAAGUGCCACCAGCCACCACUCGUCUACAGUCUGUUAACAGUCUAUGAGUGAAGUUCAUUAAUAGCAAAGUGAUAAAAGAAAUGCUCUCUUGACCAAACAUAGAGGACCUCUAAAGCUCUCCCGGUCCAUCAACAGAAGAUAAACAUCUUUAAUAGAUGCCGACUCUUCCCUUUGCUUCGCUGCUCCCAUCUAAGUUCUGCCGUGGCUUUGAUAGUCAAAUAACAAACCUGUAUUGUGGUAACCCCGUCCGUCCGUCCGUCGUCAGCGGGGAAAGCAUGGCAAAAAUGUGGAAGUGUAUCCCACACAUAUCAAGACCUAAUAUGAUGUGGGUGACAUGAGUAUGAUAUUACAAGUAUAUUGAAUUUUGAUUAAUCAGAAAUGUGUUUUUUUAAACAUCUGAAAACAGAAAUCUCAAUUAUCAUAUGCAUGUGAUCUGUACACAAUAGUUUUGUAUCUUAGGCAAAAACAAAUCAAAUGAAUACAAAAAAAUUAUUUAAUUUUAAAGUGCAAG